AUGGGGCUCUGGAGCUCCCGAAAGCCUGAUGAUGAGGUUGACAAUGGGGACGCCGAAUCCUCACAUGGGCCCGGAACAAGAGAUCAUGAUGAUGAAAGGACCAGUCUGCUACCUCCUCCCGGUGCAGGCCACCGUCUCGAUCCGGAUGAUCCGGCCGUCACACCAUACAAUCUUUUGUCCGUGAGAUCACUGAGAUGGGUUUCUAUCGUUCUCCUAGCGGUGUCCUCCCUAUGGUGGAUUCUUCUCUUGAUAUCCAUCUUCGUGACACCGCCAGCAAUGCAUUCGAGGGGCAGUGGGUUCUUUAGCUUCGCGUCAGUACCUCCCUUAAGUACACAGACCAGUCACUGAUGCAUUCGUCUAGCUAUACGACGCUUUCUACUGGAAGCUUAGUGGUUCUCCUUUUAUUUUACGUGACGCCUUCCAGAUCAGAGCAAUAUUCCUGGAUUACUCUAUGUACCCUGCUCUUGGUCGACACCAUUAUUGUUUUGUCGGUACCCCGUAUCCGUGGGGAAGAGGGAUGGGUGGGGAUUGUGUCCGUCGUAGGGGCAACUUUGGUCAGUGCCUGGGCUGUAUGUGUAUCUCCCCCCCCCCCCCCCCGGCCUUUCUCUGACCCAGACUGCUAUUCCCAGAUGUCUAGUGGUGGUAGUGGUAAGCUAGACUAAUCCAACCGGUUUGUCAGGUGCUUUGUGACCGUGUUGUCGAGUAUGGCAAGGUUGAAGAGGAGGAGCGCUUGACUGGGCGCAGGGAAACAAGGAGGUCGUUGAAGGAAUGGCUUUCCGUUUUCACCGUUACCAUAACCCUCAUCGCCUUUAUCGCACUGACUGUUCUGUUCACCGGAAAUCUGAUUAUUCGUGCUCGUGAUUUAUCUCUUACACCCCCCGGAACGAGAUAU